AUGGAAUCAUCGCAGUUCAUAAAUCAACAGCGACUGUCAAAAAAACAGCUGCAAUUGCAUGCGCAACAGCAAAACCAAAAAUAUUUUCUUGACAGUCCCCACGACAAUUAUCAGCAGUCGCGAUGUCAAUAUUUCACAUCCGUUACAACACCACCAUCGUCACACUUCACACCCCAAGUCGAAUAUCCUUCGGCGACUCACCAUCACCGUCAAAAUGCUUGCAUGUACGAUCAACAAAGUCCGACACAUCAUCGACAUGGACAUUCGAAUGUAAAGAAAUUUCAUCAAUCGGAUCCCAAUAGCAUUGAAGUUUGUAUCGACUACGAAAAUCAGCACAACAAUCAUGUGGGCGUCGUUGAGUCGUCGAUCAAGUGGAACCGAAGAAACAUUGCGGCUACGAUGGAGAAAUACGAGCCAACGGUAAAACAUCAUCACUCGCCCAACCAUCGGGGUCAUGUUACGUUGUCGCACAACAACCACAAGCCGUCACACAGCGAUUACCCAAAUGAAAUUCAUCAUUCAGACUACGCUUACGCUUAUUAUGAGCCAGGUGCACCAAUGCGACAUCAAAAUAUUCCAGCGGGAUUUUAUGAAGAAGCGGGACCGUCACGGCCACCUCCGCCAAACUCUAUUCGAGCCCUUUUGUCAACUGCUCGAAAGAACAGCAUACAAAGAACAAGCGGAAAGUAUUCAUUGCCUUCAGAAACUUCUUCAUCAUCAAUGCAAAUGGGUCAACGUAGUCAAGAGAAUGUUUAUGAAGAAAUUCACGAUGCUGAGAAGAAGAAAAUGCUUCGUUCAGGCGAAUCGAUUGUAUCGCUUAAUCAAAGUCUGGUUGAAGAAGAAUUUCGUCGUGUUCAUAAUCGUCAUCAACGUGUGCUUGGCGAAUUGAAUCUUUCUGUUGAAGAAAUGCUUAUGCCGCCCCCGCCUACUGCCUUCAUUCCCACAUCGCCUAUAAGCGAUCACCAAACAGAUCCGAUGGAUUUUUUAGGGAACGGCGAGGUGACCGAUGGCUCAAAUGGUGCUGGUAACUACAAUAAUAAUGUGGAUCUCGAUAGCGGCUUCAGCGGGUCCAACAGUAGUUACAUUGGCAGUCUGCGCUACCAAAAAUCAACGUCUGCAGGCGCCACAAACGCAAAUUGCUUAACUAAGAAAGCGCCCAUCACUGAACUGUCCAUCAAUCAUCAAAACACUGACAGCGGAUCAUCAUUUUACGCUGGCUCUAAUACCUCAGCCACUGAUGAAAUCGGAAUGAUUUCGCUGUCCAGUCGGUCAUCCUCGUCGUUAUUCGAUAGUGGCAAGAAGCCGAAGCUGAAAGCUAAUCUCAUGUCAACACAACAAAAUGCGGAACGGGUUGUUGGAAAGUUUGCAUUUUGGAAAGGAAAAGGAUGGAAAAGUAAACUGCCGGGGUUUUCAAGCACAUCGAGCGUGAAUAAAGUUGGACUUGGUAAGUAG